AUGGAAUCGCCCAAGAAGCCUCUUGUAUUUGCCUACUAUGUUACUGGGCACGGAUUUGGCCAUGCCACUCGUGUUGUUGAGGUGGUUCGUAAUCUCAUUCAAGCUGGACAUGAUGUUCACGUGGUUACUGCUGCUCCUGACUACGUUUUCACUACUGAAAUACAGUCACCUAGACUCUUCAUCCGGAAGGUGCUGUUAGAUUGUGGAGCAGUUCAAGCAGAUGCCUUGACUGUUGACCGUCUUGCUUCACUGGAAAAGUAUGUCCAGACGGCUGUAGUCCCUCGGGCUUCUAUUUUGGCCACAGAAAUUGAAUGGCUGAAAUCUAUCAAGGCUGAUUUAGUGGUUUCAGAUGUUGUUCCUGUUGCAUGCCGAGCAGCAGCAGAUGCUGGAAUUCGUUCUGUUUGUGUGUCGAACUUCAGUUGGGAUUUCAUCUACGCAGAAUAUGUCAUGGUGACUGGAUACCGCAGUCGCUCUAUCGUUUUGCAGAUAGCUGAAGAUUAUUCUCAUUCCGAGUUUCUAAUACGUCUUCCAGGAUACUGCCCAAUGCCUGCUUUCCGUGAUACUGUUGAUGUGCCUCUUGUUGUGAGGAGAUUACACAAAAAUCGAGCAGAGGUUAGGAAAGAGCUUGGAAUUGGAGAAGACAUAAAAGUUCUUAUAUAUAAUUUUGGUGGGCAGCCAGCCGGAUGGAAGAUAAAGAAGGAAUAUCUACCAGAUGGAUGGAUAUGCUUGGUCUGUGAAGCUUCAGAAGGGCAGGAGCUUCCUGAGAACUUUAUGAAGCUUCCAAAAGGCGUUUAUACACCUGAUGUAAUUGCUGCUUCAGACUGCAUGAUUGGUAAAAUUGGAUAUGGUACAGCAAGUGAAGCUUUGGCAUACAAGGUUCCUUUCAUCUUUAUACGCAGAGAUUAUUUUAAUGAAGAACCAUUUGUGAGGAACAUGCUUGAGCACUUUCAAUGUGGUGUGGAGAUGAUUAGGAGAGAUUUGCUUACUGGGCAUUGGACUCCAUAUAUUGAACGGGCUUUUACUUUGAAUCCUUGCUAUGAGGCAGGCACCAACGGUGGAGAGGUGGCUGCUAAAAUACUUCAGGAUACAGCUUUUGGAAAAGAUCAUGCUCCGUCUAAGCUUAGCGGGCCAAGAAGGUUGCGAGAUGCCAUUGUCCUUGGGUACCAGCUUCAGAGAGUUCCUGGGAAAGACAUAGCUGUGCCAGAGUGGUAUACAAAUGCACAAAAUGAACUAAAUAUCCGCACUCCAUCGCCAGAUAAUAACGUUAUCCAGAGUAGCUCCUUUACAAACGAAAAUGAGGACUUUGAAAUUCUGCAUGGAGAUCAUCAUGGUCUUUCAGAUACAAUAGCUUUCUUAAAGAACUUGACAGAACUGCAUGACUUAAACAACCCUGGAAAUAGAAGCAAGCAACACUCACGUGAGCAGCUUGCAGCUGCUGCACUGUUUAACUGGGAGGAUGAGGUAUUUGUUGCUAGAGCACCCGGGAGGUUAGAUGUAAUGGGAGGAAUUGCAGACUAUUCAGGAAGUCUAGUCCUGCAGAUGCCCAUUAGAGAGGCAUGCCAUGUCGCCAUUCAACGGAAUCAUCCAAGCAAACACAAGUUGUGGAAACACACUCAGGCCAGGCAGCAUACUAAACAACAGGGCCCAAUACCUGUACUUCAAAUAGUAUCAUUUGGCGCAGAACUGAGUAACCGAGCACCCACAUUUGAUAUGGACUUGUCUGAUUUUAUGGAUGGAGAGCGGCCGAUUACGUAUGAGAAAGCAUAUCAAUACUUUGCUGCAAACCCAUCACAAAAGUGGGCAGCAUAUAUCGCUGGCACGAUUCUCGUAUUGAUGACUGAGUUGGGUGUUCGAUUUGAGGACAGUAUUAGCAUACUGGUAAUUUCUGGUGUGCCAGAGGGCAAAGGUGUAUCAUCUUCCGCCGCAAUAGAAGUUGCCACGAUGUCUGCUGUUGCUGCUUCCCAUGGAUUGGAUAUUGCCCCGAGGGAUCUUGCUUUGCUUUGCCAAAAGGUUGAAAAUCAUGUUGUGGGUGCUCCUUGUGGAGUGAUGGAUCAAAUGGCUUCUGCAUGUGGUGAAUCAAACAAACUUCUGGCAAUGGUGUGUCAGCCUGCUGAGGUACUAGGACUCGUGGAUAUCCCGCCUCAUAUACGAUUUUGGGGUAUUGAUUCUGGUAUACAACACAGUGUUGGCGGUGCAGAUUAUGGAUCCGUGAGAAUAGGUGCGUUCAUGGGUAGGAAGAUAAUAAAGUCCAUGGCAUCUGAGCAUUUGAAAUCCUCAUUAUCAAACAACAAUACUUCACAGCCAGUCAAUGGGGUGAACUCCUGUGAAAUGGAGGGUAAUGGCAUGGAUUUGCUCGAAAAUGAGGCUUCACUGGAUUACUUGUGCAAUUUGUCACCUCACCGAUACGAGGCAUCUUAUCUGACUAGGCUUCCGGAGAUUCUACAGGGCAAUGAUUUUGUGGAAAAUUAUGUUCAUCAUGAUGAUUCAGUAACAAUAAUUAAUAAAAGGCACAAAUAUGCAGUAAGAGCGCCCACCAGACAUCCCAUAUAUGAGAACUUCCGAGUCAAGGCUUUCAAGGCAUUACUGUCUGCAGCUUCUUCGGACGAUCAACUUUCGGCUUUAGGAGAACUUAUGUAUCAGUGUCAUUACAGCUACAGUGCUUGUGGACUUGGGUCACACGGGACAGAUAAGCUGGUAGAACUGGUACAGGAAAUCCAGCACGGGAAACUCUCGAAGUUCGAAAAUGGAACUUUAUAUGGGGCAAAGAUUACCGGUGGAGGUUCUGGUGGAACAGUUUGUAUUAUUGGCAGGAAUCGUUUAAGAAGCAGCGAACAAAUUCUCAAGAUUCAACAAAAGUACAAAGCUGCCACUGGUUUUUUGCCAUUUGUUUUCGAAGGUUCUUCACCCGGUGCUGGAAAGUUUGGCUAUCUGAAAAUAUGCCUCCGGUCACGCUCACAGCAUAAAUAA